UAUUUCUGAACACAACAUGGCAGGAAGUUCAGGGACAGUUUGUACCGACAAGCUGUUUAAGGUUUUAGUCAUUGGGGAUCUCGACGUUGGGAAAAGCAGCAUCAUCUUGCGUUAUGUUAAUAAACGCUUUAAUGAAACAUACAAAGCAUCUAUUGGAGUUGACUUUGCUCUAAAAACUAUUGUCUGGGAAGCAAAGACGGUGGUGAGACUGCAGCUCUGGGAUAUUGGAGGCCAGGAGAGGUUUAAGAAGAUGUCCAGGGUUUACUACAAAGCUGCCAUGGGUGCCAUCGUGGUGUUUGACAUGACACGCAGCUCCACCCUGGAGGCCGCCUCGGAGUGGAAGCAGGACCUGGACAGCAGUGUGUGUCUGGACGGGGGACGCCCGGUCCCUGCCGUCCUGCUGGCCAACAAAUGUGACAUGACAGGAAGAGACGGAGACCUGGUGUCCUCUCUGGACAAAUUCUGCAAAGACCACAGCUUCGCGGGCUGGUUUGAGACGUCUGCAAAGGACAAUAUCAAUAUUGAUGAGGCGGGGGCCUUCCUUGUCCAACACAUGAUGCUCUGUGACAGCGAGCUCACGGAAACGGUAGAGCCCGACCGAAUAACGCCAGAACUGGCAACACAAAUGGCGGAUUACCACUGA